GAGUCGAAUCUGAAACGACAGAUCGGCUACCAGACGACUCCAGAAAGGCGUCACUCUUUACUUCGGGCACAUCCUUCCCUCCAAGUCAUCUCCAGUUUGAGCAGUUCUGCCGCUACCUUUGACCCGGGCGCCCAACUAACGCCUGCGCAACCGGUGAUGGCACCAGGCUUACCGCCUACACCGCCUCACAGAACAAGUUGGAAAGGCAAAAGACCACCUCACCCCGUUCCCAAGAGAAGCCAGCGAACUCGGCUCGUGGGCUGGCUACGCAAACGACAACUCAGUUACUGCCUGCCAUCAAUCAAUUUAUCAAUCAUCCCCUAUCCAAGGGCAAUAACAUGUCGACCCGAUCAGAUAAUCAAUCACUCAAGCGGCAGCGCUAGCCCACAAGCAAACCCACAUGCAUGCAACCCUCUAACCCCUCCUUCUCCUAGGCCUCCCCUAACCUCUCCAUGA